UUUUCCUCCGGAGCCUCCGAGAGAUCACUCAGCUCGCUGGCACCGUCAGGUCGGCAGGAACGCGAUGGCGGAGCUCCCACCCUUAAGUGAGGAGCUGUCGUGCUCCAUCUGCCUGGAGCUCUUCAAUGAGCCGGUUACCACCCCGUGUGGCCACAACUUCUGCGGUGUGUGCCUGGACAAGACGUGGGCCCUCCAGGGCCCGCCGUUCCUGUGUCCACAGUGCCGCACCAGCUUCCAGGUGCGCCCGCAGCUGCACAAGAACACUGUGCUGUCGUCCUUGGUCAAACGGUUAGGGUCCGCGGAGCAGGCCCAGGCACCCCCCGACGGCUGGAUGCCACCCGUGCGCCCCAGGGCCCCCAGCGUGGCUGCCCAGGUGGCCUGCGACCACUGCCUCAAGGAGCUCGCUGUGAAGACUUGCUUCGUGUGCACGGCCUCGUUCUGCCAGGAGCACCUGCGGCCGCACCUCGACAGCCCCGCUUUCCUGGAUCACCCGCUGCAGCCGCCGGUCCGCGACCUGCAGCGCCGCAAAUGUCCCCAGCAUAACCGGCUGCGGGACUACUUCUGCCCAGAGCACGGCCAGUGCAUCUGCCACGUCUGCGUGAUAGAGCACAAGACCUGCUCGCCUGUGCCCCUGAGCCAGGCCUGCGCAGACCUGGAGAACAAGCUGCGACAUAAGCUAUCCAUCAUGUUCGGUCAGAUCAAUGGAGCAUCGAAAGCUCUGGGUGAAGUGCAAGCCAGAAAACAAAGUGUGCGGGAUACCAGCAACAGGAAGCUGGAGCAGUUGCGACAAGAAUACCAGAAAAUCAGGGCUCUCAUCGACUCCACGGAGGCCAGCUCAAUCCGGAAGAUCAAGGAAGAGGAGAAACGAGUCAGCAGCAAGUUCGACACCAUUUACCAGGUUCUGCUCAAGAAGAAGAGUGAGAUCGAGGCCCAGAAGGAGAAGGUCGAAGAGGGCCUCAAUGAGGGGGAUGAGUUUGAAUUUCUGGAGAAAGCAUGGAAGUUGCAAGCAAUCUCAACCAAGUCGGUGUACAUCCCCAAGGUGGAGCUGAAUCACAACCUGAUCAAGUAUGUCCACCAGGGCACCGUGGACCUUCAGAAUGUGCUGAAGGAGUCCAUCAAGCAUUUCGAGAAGAAGACCAAAGACCUCCAGGGCCCAGGUGACUCUGGAGACCCUCCCAAGGAAAAAUCCCCACACCCUGCGAAGAAGGUGACGACAACUGCCAUCCCUUCCCCAGCCACAAACCGCCCCAUCUUCGGAGCCCCAGGACAAGUGGUACAUUUGAAACCAACUGGCCCGGAGGCCAAAGCCGACCCCAUGCAGUUGAGCACAUCAGCGGUCAAGGCCAAUGUGCUGAAGGCCUUUUUGGAAAAGACCAGAACCGAACUUCUGGCAUAUUCUUCUAAAGUCAUCUUGGACUACAACACUGCCCACAACAAGGUGGCUCUGUCUGAGAAGUACACCAUGGCCUCUGUGGCUGAGGAACCUCAGAACUACCAGCCACACCCCCACAGGUUCACAUACUGCUCUCAGGUGCUGGGUCUGCACUGCUACAAGAGCGGGGUCCACUACUGGGAAGUGAAGCUACAGAAGAACGACUUCUGUGGGGUGGGUAUCUGCUAUGGCAGCAUGCAACGCCAGGGCCCCGAGAGCCGUCUUGGUCGCAAUAGUGCUUCCUGGUGCGUGGAGUGGUUCAACACCAAGAUCUCAGCCUGGCACGAUAAGGUGGAGAAAACCUUACCUGUCACCAAGGCCACACAGGUUGGUGUGCUUCUGAACUGUGACCACGGCUUUGUCAUCUUCUUUGCCAUUGCUGAUAAGGUCCACCUGUUAUAUAAGUUCAAGGCCGACUUCACCGAAGCUGUGUACCCAGCUUUCUGGGUGUUCUCCACUGGAGCCGUGCUCUCCAUCUGCUUCUAGUGGGAAGCCUGUGGACACUCGGGCUGAGUGCCCAUAGAAUGUCCAAGACUGUAAUGAAAAUGCCGUAUGGGGAAUGCUCCUGGGAGAACUUCCUGGAGAGUCCCCCAUGGUUAGAAGGGUUGAAGGAGUUGGAUGGGUGGGUGGGUGGGGACCUGAAAUGGGGAGGGACUUGGCCAGGGAAAGAGGUGGGGGUCCCUGUGUUGUGGAGUGAGGAGGAGAAGGCAUCACUUCUUCCUGUGCCACUUGGGGCAAGGUGACCUCUUCUCUGCUGUGCCAGGCCAAGCUUUGGGUAGGAGUCAUUGAGUACCUCUUUUUUCUAAGAAGUCUGUGGCCAUUGCAGGUUCUUUCCCAGGCUCUUGGUAUAUGGCCCUUUGGUUUCUGGGUAGGGUUCAGAUUUUGGAGUUUGAAUGUCAUUGCAUCAGAAUGUUCCCAGGCCAGUUACCCGUGAAGUGUGUCCUUUUCCUUUACUGGAAAUUAGCCCUACUACCCUGCCUAUCCUGUUUCCCCAUGACCUCAUGGAUGAUGUCCAGUGGUCUUCAUACCAAGAUCUGAAUCAGGCCUGUCCUGAUUUUGUAAUUCAAGGUCCAGAUAGCCCAGGUCCAGUUUGGACAGAAACCCCUCCUGCUUCCAAAUGUUACAGGCAGCAUCUUGCACAAGUUCUUUGGCUGCUGCCAUGGAGCUGCGUCCAAGCCUUGCUUCCUGUAGCCAAGGGUGAGGGAAUUUGCCUGCUCAGUGUGAUCCUGGUCUGGGUCAGCACAAGAGUGGUGGCUUUGCUCUGGGAGCAGUGUCUUGUCUUCUGACACUCUCCUAGGCAACAGCACCCCCUCUGCAGGACUGUAAGCCGUUGGGCUGACUGGCAUGGAUCCCACGUUGGCUGGCACCCAGCCACCUCAGAUAACUGGAGGCUGCUGCUGUGUUGACACAGCAGGGACCAUACUAAAAUAACUUUUGGGGUGACUGCUGAAGGCCCAAAGGGCCUUACUCCAGACCCCAUGGGAAACAGUAAACAUUUCUUCCCACCCAGCACUGGCCUUUGUGUGGGUCAGAGGCCUGUUGGCAGCUCUGACCCUUCUGUCUUCCUCUUUGGAGCCAAUUCCAGAGGCUCACUUUGAGCAGGCUAAUGUCAGAAAGACAAGGACCAGGGAAGGAAUGAGCUAAUGAGGGGCAGACUGAUGGCUGUGUAUUCUGCAGUUUCUGUACAAUGAAAAUAACCCAAUCCAUUAAGGAGUAGGAAUGAAUGGAUUGCUGGAAUUUUCCCAAGCUCCUUAUAGCUUGACAUUGUCAGGACCCAAAUUCCCAUCCUGUGAUGUGAGUCCAAUUCUGGGUUUUCCUAAGAGGAGAUCACUGGUCAAGCUUCUUAGGCUAUGAAAAUAGGUCACCAUUGGGGAAGAAGACAUCCCAGACCUUUUCUUGUGGAUAUUUGAGAAUCUGGUGCACUUCGGGCCUUGUGCUGGAAUCCCAGGGUGCAGAGUGCGUGGUAUUCCUGACAGGUGCCUGAUCUGUGUCAUCUUCUCACAAGGACUGUGAGUUCCUUGGGAGAGCAACUCUUUGUAGGGAAGACAUCCUUACGGUGUCUGAUAUGCAGUCCUAAAAGUUUUUUCUUCCAUUGCUUCUUGGAAGAAAAGAUAUUUGAUGACCUUGUCUAUACUGGGAGAGGGUCAAGGUGGUCUUUAUGGAUGUCCUGAAACAAGCCUCGCCUGAAGCCCAUUCGUACUUGGGUAGCAGCUGGGCUUCCAGGAGCCAAAGUUCUGAUCCCUGCUGUGGCUCCCUUACGUGUCAGUGGAGGCCACAGGGGUGCCUCGUCCUCCCUGGCCAGCGGUGCCACUGAGACAAGGGAAGCACGGGUUCCCUUUGUGAGAGGCAGUUAAUCAAAGCUGAGGUCUGUGCAAGGUACUUUGGAACUGUAAGUUCAGUCUGCUAUGUGGUGAGACCUGGCCUUGCAGGGCCUCCAUAUAACCCUAGGGUCCUAUAGCUGGACUGUGUCCACCUGUCUCAUUUCACAGAGUGAGGUGGACGAGGGUGACUGUUCCACUCUGAACAGUUCAGCAGGGAGGAGAAGCUUCCUAGCAUGACGGGGUAAAAGUCCUGGUAUCAGAAAUUUCUGGAAACACAAAAUUCUGUUCCAAGACUGGGGGCUGAUCCAGUCUGGUGAAGUAGAGCAAAGGGCAGGGUCUGGUCUCUGAUUCGAGACAGAUUGGCCAAGUCUUCAUCUCUGUAACUGUGAUAAUAGUAUGUUAUCUUUUACCUUAUUUCCCAUCACUCUGCUGAUUUUAAUUAAUCAGAAAUGUUUGAGCUAAUAUUUCUUGAGCUUUUUAAAUUUAGAGUUGAUUUAUUUUUCCCGGGGGAUGGUCAUUGCCAGAGACAGGGUCAAGGGGGCUGAUGUGCUAGAGUCAAAUGCAGCCAGUGGU